AUGGAACGCUAUCCCCUCAGUGGGUUGUCCAUUCUGAUUGUUGGUGGAGGUAUUGGGGGUCUCACGUUUGCGAUUGAGGCGCAUCGCAAAGGCCAUGAUGUUCGCAAUGCAUCCUUGUCCUUGAACCGCUCGGAACUCCAUACUCUGCUGUGUGAGUAUAUUCAGGGACUAGGAAUUCGGGUAGACUUCUCAGCCGCUAUGGAUAACUAUUUUGAGACGAACAAUGAGGAAGGCGUCAUCCUUACUGAUGGACAGAAGCUCACGGCCGACAUAGUUGUCGCUGCUGAUGGGGUUGGUUCUAGAUCUUGGUCCUUAGUCCUGGGUGAGAAGGACGUUGUCAUUGGCUCGGAAUUCGCCUGCUAUAGGGCAACUUUUCCAGCUGGUGAAGCUUUGAAGAACCCCAUCAUUGCAAGGGAGUUUGAGAAUCAGCCUGACCGUGCGUCGAUACACAUCGGACCUGGUGCGCAUAUGGCCGACGAUUACAACGCAGAAGAGAACUGGGACAAAACCGUACCUACGGACAAAGCCUUGCAGUACAUAGAGGGCUGGGAUGCGUUCUUGGUCGAGCUCGUCAAAGAAACUCCGAACAACCGCUGCACCGACUGGAAAUUGCUCUGGCGCAAUCCCCAACAGAAGUGGACUUCUCCUGGUGCGCGAGUUUUCCAACUUGGCGACGCUGCCCACUCCUUCUUGCCGACCUCGGGGAGCGGGGCAGCAAUGGCCAUGGAGGAUGCGUAUUCUUUGGCAACGUGCUUGCAACUGGGUAGAAAGUCGGGUAUCUCAUUGGCUGUGAGGGUUCAUAACCACCUACGGUUCGGGCGCGUAUCCUGCGCUCAAAAGAUGGGCUUCCACCACCGAGAGAAAUUCCACAACACAGACUGGGAUGAGGUUGCCAGGAAUCCGAACGUACUCAGCAAGACUACUGCGGACUGGACCAUGCGCCAUGAUCCGGAGCAAUACGUCUACGACAACUACGGCAGCUGUACAAACCAUAUCCUCACAGGGGCAUCGUUCGAGAACACCAAUAUGCCUCCCGACUACAGGUAUAAACCUUGGACUGUCCAGGAGCUUAUGGAGGCAUUGGACAGACAUGAAACAAUUGUCGAUGAGGGUGAUUGGAGUUAA